GCUUUUUCAAUUAAUAAUUGAUUAGUUUUAAGCGAGUUAAACACCCCAUCCUCACUCAAGCAAGAAAAAAUGCACGACUUAAAAGCAUAUCAAAAACUCCACCAAAUGCCAAUCAGAGAUGUUAAGUUCGCGCUACAAGAAAUUCCAUUUAAAUGGAAAGAAUCUAACGCACGGAUUAUUGACAUAGGAUGUGGCGAUGGAAGUGUCACUGUGAACGUUUGGAAAGAGUAUAUACCGAAUAACUUCAUGAAUAUAGUUGGGAGUGACAAAAGUCAAUACUGUGUGGAUUUUGCGACAGAACAUUAUGAGAGUAAACGCGUUAAGUUCAUAAAACUUGACAUCGAGGAAAAGAUACCUGAAGAGCUAGUUGCAAGUUUCGAUCACGUGAUCUCGUCUUAUACAUUUCAUUGGGUGAAUAUGCAAGAGACUGCAUUUUCAAAUGUGUACGACCUUUUGGCGGUAGGCGGCAACUGUCUGUUAAUUUUCCUUGGAUAUUUCAAACCGUAUGAAAAUUACCGCAAACUUUCCCGCACACCAAAAUGGAGCGCGGAUCUUGAAAAUGUUGCUACUAAGUUUAUGUCGCCGUACCACGACUCACAGGAACCAGAACACGAAAUAAUUAGAAUGAUGCAACGUGUUGGUUUCCGAGACAUCGAUGUAACAUCGCACCACAAAACAUUUAAUUAUGUUCGUGGUGUGGAUGACUUUAAACCAAACAGCGUCGUCACUGCCGUUGACGUCCAAAAGCUGAUGGAGGCUGGCUUGAAUGUAGCUCGAUUCAGGAUGUCCCACCAGUCCACCAAGGAUAACAUCAAACUUCUAGGAAAAAUUAAAACCGCCACCGCCAACUGCUGUCAGAAAUACGGCGUGUCGAACUGGCCUCUUGCGACUUGUAUUGACCUGAAGAACCGAACUAUUAAGACAGGCAUUCUUGAACAGGACGUGCAAUACAUUAUACUACAAAAAGACAAGGAAGUGCAGCUCACUUGCGAUGCAUCAUACAUCCAGAAAUGUAACACAAGUAACAUUUUCGUUGAUAAUCCUAACCUUGCGAGUGAAGUGCAAGUUGGUAUGGAGAUAGCUAUAGACGGGGAUGAAAUCGGUCUUGUCUGUACUGAGAUUGUGAAUGCUAAGAGCAUUAAAGCAGUGGUUGUAAAAAGCGGCAAAUUGAGAGACAUAUGCGGUGUCAGUUUUCGAUGUUUGAAAACAACGAGACCUUUCCUUACGAAGAGAGACUCAGCUGUGAUCAAAUUUGUUGUGGAAAAUCAGGUGGACUCAAUAAUUGUUAACCACGUGGAGGACAAAGAGGGAAUCAAAUCGGUAAAGAAGUGUAUCAGCAAGAAGUUUCGGCGGCCCAUCAUUCUGUGCAGCAUUAGCACAGAAAAGGCUAUUGAUAACCUUGAUGAAAUAUUGAAAGAAUCUGACGGAAUCAUAUUUUUAAGAGAAUUCCUCCCGUACGAAAUAAGCACUGCAUAUAAAUAUAGAUUGAACAACAUACAGAAGUGGGUUACAGCAAAAUGUCAACAGGCAGGCAAGCCAAUAUAUCUUUCAGGAGGCGUACUGCAAACCGCCGUUCGCUACGGUGUGAUCGAAAGCAACGAGAUCGCUGACGUCACCAACGCCAUCCUGGACGGUGUGUCGGGGUUCUUCCUGAAGGACUGUGACAACAUUGACAACGCAAUAGAUGCGGUGAAGCUGCUUGACGAUAUUUGCCGCACUGUGGAACCGUAUACUUGUGCCAAAAAUAGCUUUUGGAGACUUACUAACCAGUACUUGAUGCCGGUGAACGCAGCAGAGGCGAGCGUGAUGUCAUGUGUAGCUUUAGCAAACCAGUCCAAUGCUCAGGUCAUCAUUCUACCGACGGUGACUGGGCGCACAGCCAAGGCUCUAUUUCAGAUAAGACCGUGUUGUCUGGUGCUGGCAGUGUGCACUAACGUGAGGGUCACCAGGAUGCUUCAGCUAUACAACAGCAUGGUGCCGCUGUUGUACUCGGGAGAACCUUCGAAGAGAUUCUACCUCACGCUAACAGCGCGUAUAAACUUCGCCGUGGAGCACGCAGUGAAGCUGGACUGGCUGCACUACGGGGACACGUACGCGGUCCUCAAGCGCUCCACCGAUGGCAGUUCGUACUGUGACAUGGUCAGCAUACUGACAGUGGGCAUUUCGAACAAACCCGUGGUUGAAUGCGAAGGCGAUAACGAUAUUGGAGAAGAUAAGGACGUCAGCGAUGAAAAGCUAAAUGAACAGACAGAUUCCAUUAAAACAGACAUAAACUUUUAA